UUUACCUCACAAUCUUCUAUAAGUAAUUACAGAGACCUAGCUGAAAAUAUUAUGUCCUAAGCGGCCCUGUCCUGAGUUCUCCAUUUGACGGCCGGCAUGGCGGAAAAGGGUGAGCAGACUGUGAAACGAGUGUGUGUGACUGGAGCAUCAGGAUACAUUGGAUCAUGGCUGGUGAAGAAUCUUCUGGAAAGGGGUUACACAGUGAACGCAACUCUCAGAGAUCCAGGAGACGAGAGGAAAUCUGGUCCUUUGUUAGAUCUGGCAGGAGCAAAGGACAGGCUUAAGCUCUUCUCAGCUGAUCUGCUAAAAGAGGGAAGCUUCGAUUCUGCAGUGGAGGGUUGUGAAGGAGUUUUUCAUGUAGCCGGUCCUAUGGGUGCUCAAACUUCUCCGGAAGGCUACAUUGUGCCUGCUAUAAAUUGUGCACUUAAUGUGAUGAAAGCAUGCACAAGAGCUAAAUCUGUUAGGAGAGUGGUUUUCACUUCAUCUGGGGCUGCUAAUUGUCCUUUGAAUGAUAAGGGGGAAUUAGCUCAUUCACACAUUGACGAGUCAUGUUGGAGCCCUUUGAAUUUCCUUAAAUCUCAAGCACAUGGUUUUGCUUGGUAUAUGUGUGCGAAGACAUUAGCAGAACAGGAAGUCCUUAAUUAUGGUGCUAAAUACAAUCUUGAGGUGAUAACAGUGCAACCAACUUUUGUCAUUGGGCCUUGGUUUACAAACACACAUGAUUUAUCAUCUUUCCAAAUAAUAUCUGCCCUAAUUGGAGUAAAUGAUAGGAUCUAUGGAGUAUUAAAGUAUACCCAAUCUUUGUAUGGCUCCAUACCAAUAGUUCAUAUCGAGGAUGCAUGCAAUGCCCAUAUAUUUUUGAUGGAGCAUCCUAGUGCACAAGGCCGCCAUAUUUGCUCUGUUGAUUCUACAACUAUCAAGUCUCUUAAAGACUUUCUUGCAAAACAGUUAAAGACUUCACUCAAGUUUCAUGAGGAGGACUCGGAUAACAAUUAUGUGCCAUUUUCUUCCAAAAAAUUAUUGGAUAUGGGCUUCUCUUACAAGUAUAGUUUGGAACUAGCUUUUGAAGAUGGUAUAGGAUGUGCCAAGAAAAAUAAGCUUCUGAUUUAAUAAUCCAAAAUAUAGAUCUUUAUCCUAAUUAGAUUGAUUUAACCACACACUUCUAUUCCAUACAAUUAUCCUAAUAAAUCUAUCAUCAAAUUUCAUAAACUUUAAAUGUUGCAGUUUAA